CAGCAAACAAAACCCUAAACUCUCUCUCUCUCUCUCGUGCUCGUCGCGAUCGCGCAUUCCAUGGCUCGUCUUCUCCUCUCCGCUCGGCGUGCCCUCCAGCUCCACCUCCAAACCCUAGCACCAUCUCCAUCAAUUCCUUCCCGGCGCUCCUACAUCACCGCCAUGCGCCAAUCCACCUUCAAAGACAACCUCCUUCGCAUCCUCCGCACCGAGAUCACCUACGAGUCCGAACACCGCCCCCCUAAACCUCCGUCCCCUUCCUUCGGCCCCUUCUCCAUCGAGGACAACCCCGGCGAGCAAUGGGUUCGACUCCGCCGCCAGAUCUCCCCCACUGAGCACCUCCAGGUCGACGCCACCAUGUUCGAUGGCGCUUCCCCGGUCCCUGACUCCUUCGCCAAGAAAGUCGAUGCCAUGGACUCUGACGGCGCGCGCCUGCACAUCAGCCUUGCCGUCGAGGUCUCCAAAGGGGAAUCUUGCCCUUGGGUCCUCCAGUUCGUUUGCUCAGCCUGGCCCGACGCGCUUGACAUCGAGAAGGUCUUCCCGAUCGCCAAGGACUCGAUGCCACUCCGGCCAUACAUGGGCCGUGAUUUCAAGGAGCUGGAUGAUGAGUUGCAGGAAGCCGUGCGCGGGUAUUUGGAGGAGAGAGGAGUGGACGAUGAUCUGGCUGAAUUUUUGCAUGGGUACAUGGUGAACAAGGAUAAAGCUGAGCUUGUGCGGUGGCUUAGGAAUGUUGAAGCUUACGUCCAGAAAUAAAGAGGUUUUGAGUAUUAAUUCAUGAUUUCAUUUGAAUUUUCUUCAUAGUUUUGUUGCUUUUCAUAAUUGAUCACAAGAAAUGAUUUUUCGGCACAUCUUGCUUGUACUCAUUGCUAAGUGAUGUAGAUGUUUGGUGUUAUAUGUGAAAUAUGGAUGGUGAGGUUUUGUGACUGAAGAAAUUGUUGUCUUGAAAAUGUACCUGAGAAUUCAUGUAGAAAUUGAGCAAGUUGUACUUCUUUUAUGCUUCAGUGCUUUCUCACAUAUAUAGUAAUACAAGGAUGAAUGGGCAGAACAAUGUGCUCGGUUAGAUAA